CAGAUCCCGCACUCUCAGUGGUGGUGAUUAAUUUACCCUAUAAAACCCUUGUGAUGGUGUUGUUGUGGUUAAGGAUACUGUGCGUGGUCGCGUGCUGCUGUGUGCAAGGAUGUCAUUCAGAUGAAGCAUGGACUGAGAGUGACACAAGCACUACCUCUGUACGGGAAGGUCAUAAUGCAACGUUUACCUGGAACAUGAGAAUCUAUGGACAUCGGUUUUAUGUUCGAUCCCCCACCGACAAGAGUGUGCUGACAGUGGGAUCGUCUCUGGUCAGCGUAUGGCCUCAAUAUAAAUCACGAAUCAAGAUCACUGGCGUCACCAACUCAUCCGCUGGUCAGGCGGUACAGUUCAUCCUGUACAGCGUGACGGCGAGUGAUGCUGGGAGGUACACCUGUAGCACAGUCUGGUGGAGUGGCUGGAGUACCAUCCCUGACUGUGGAUACACCCUGGUUGUUGAAGGGACCGCGGGACAAGCAAGCACCACCUCUGCACUGGGCCAGGACACAACCUUGGUGUACUCCACCCCUUUCAAGAGUACCGCACCGGACCACCAUCCGACCUUGUCCUGGACAACAAACAACACGCACCUGCUGAAAGGAAAAAGAACACAGGCCGACCAACCACACGACAGCAGCGUACGGACCAUAUCAUACGGAUGUCCAGCCAUCCUGGAUCUCUUCAUAGUGACUCUAUUUGUCGUUGGAGUCAGUCGAUAAACAACUAUUGUGAUACAUUUAACAUAAAUAAAUCUGCUUUGUUUAUGUUAUUAACCUUGUAUUGUAUGAGUCCUCAAAGACAUCGACAAUUUAAGUCGAUACAACCGAGGAGGCACAUGUGUCUGCUAACCAAUCAUUCCCUACAUGUCCAGUGUUAGGGUAUUGACUGACCAACUUUAG